AAAAUAAUAUGUAAAAUGUUUUUUGAAUUUAAAUGUAUUGAUUAAGAUUUGUAAUUGUAAUUUUAAUAAUGAAACUUUAUAUCUUAUUACAAUUGGAUUUUUGUUUUUAUUUAAAUAUUAAUUCAUUAUUAUUAUAAAUAUUAUCAUGAAUUCUAAUAAUAUUAAUAAUGAGGAUGAAGAUGUUAUUAUAAAGAAUUCAUCUUUAUAUAAACAUUUAUAUGAAUUAGGUUAUACUGAUUUUGAAAGUGUAACAAUAGAAAAAUUAACAUUAAAAAAUGAAAAAAAAUAUUUCAAACUAUUUGAUUUUAUAUUCAAUGUAAAAAACAUUUUUAAAAAGUUAUAUAUCAUGUAUUUAAAAAUAAUUCAGGAUGAUAGUAUAUCAAAAAAACAAGUGGAAACUAUUUUAAAUACAAAAAUUCUUUUAAAUGAUCAUGGUUGUGCAAUAUAUAAUUUUCUUGAUAAAUAUGAUUGUAAACCAUGGAGAAUUAUAACAUCUAAAUUUAUUUUAUUUGGCACAAUUUUAUCAUCUUCAUUAUACAUAUCUUGUUAUACUCAAUAUAGAACUUCAACUAGUUUAUUUACAUUAGCUAUAUUAUAUUAUAUUAGUUGUAUGGAAUUUUUAAGAAUAAGGAUACAUAUGGAUUUAAAAUCAGUUGUAUCUUUACAAAAUGAUUUCUUUGAUGUUUGUAGAAAAGGAAUGAAAAUUUUAAAAUAUGGAUAUAAAAUAAAAUUAAAUAAAGAAAAAAAUUCUCAACAAUUUUCUGAUCUUACAGCAGCUAGAUUGAAAUAUUUACCACCUAUAAUGGAAAGUUUAAUAAAAUAUUUGGGAGAUAUUUCUUGCAUUUAUUAUCAUGUUUCCUUAAUUCUUAUAAAACUAUUACCAGUGAAUUUUUAUAAUGAAGAUUUAUUAACAAGAUUUGAAAGUGGAUCAUUUGAAAUACAUGGUGAAAUAAAUUAUCAAAAAUUAAAGAUUUUAUAUCAUACUUAUAUUCUCACUCAAUCUGAGAUGUUACAUUUGUUAGCUAUCGCAUAUGAUAAUCAUAUUUGGCGACAAUCAUAUAAAAAAAUUCCCGAAUUAAAAUUGGCUUAUAUUAUUCGUUUUUUAAAUAUCUCUUUAAUUACGUAUAAAAAAAAAUUAUCGGAACAUAUCGAUGCUUAUUAUAGUUUUAAAUUGGAACCAUAUAAAUACAAAAGUCCAGAUUCAUCACAAUGGCAAGAUUUAUAUAUGCAUUUGUAUUUAGCGUCUGAUAAAUUACAAUUGGCUUAUAGUUAUGUAUUAUCAAUACUCCAAGAUAUUGAUAACGAUGUAAUUGAAAAUAUAACGAACGAAGAUUACAUGGAAAAAACAAUGCAAAAAUUAACUGUAGCUCAAAAAAGUAUUGAAACUGCGAAAGAUUUUAUUGAAUUUAGCAAUUUAUUUUUGGUAAAAUUGCAAAAUAAUGAUAUUACAAUUAACCAUUUAGAAACAAAUAUUCCAGUAUCAGUUGCAAAUUCCGAUAUCCAUAUUCAAUCCAUAAUCGAUUCAGAACCGGAAAUUAUAGAUGAAGUAUUUGAAGAAUAUAUUAAAGAAGAAUAUUUGAAACCUUUAAAUGAAGCAACUGAUGAAAUAUCAUUGUAUAAUUAUAAACGAAAUAAAGCAUUAUUUAAGAAUUUUAUGUCUGAAUUAAAAGAUGCUUUAGUUGAAAAGAAAAAAUCUAUGUCUGAAAGAGAAUCACAGGCACUUCAACGAAUGUAUAAAAUAAAGGAAAAUACUUUAAAUGAUGAUAUUCCGGAAAUAUUUACAUCUCAGUCGAUAUCUUCAUAUAAUACUUUUUCUUUAAUACAUACUGAUAAUAAUGAUAAAAAUUUUGAUUGUGCACAAAAACAACAAUUAAAUGAAUUGUUUGAAAAACCUAAUAUUACCAAAUCAAAUAAUAAAGAAAAUUUAAAUGAAAGAAACAUCAAUAUUUUAAUGGAAGAAAAGUUACCUUUACCGAGAAAUAUAGAAUUUUCAUCUUGUUUAUCAUUUUUAAAAGUGGAAGAAGAAACUUUUAUAGGUAGUGGCGAAAAUUCUGAAGAUGAAGAAAUCAAAAUAAAAUCUGAAUAACGAAAUAUGCAAUAUAUAUUUAUUAUUAUAUAUACUUAUAUAUAUACUUAAUUAUAACUUAUUUUUAUUUGAAUAAUAAUAAAAUAAAUAAUGAUAUUUAC